AUGACGAUGACGACGGGGAUAUCCUCGAUUGGAACCAAGAAGAACAGCAUUAACCGCGCGAAGGUGUCGUCGACGAGAAGAACACGAAGAGUCCGAGCUGCUCUUUCCAGCAGCGGCAGCAAAGGGAGCAACUUUGUGGUGCGCGCGUCUUCGUCUUCGUCUUCUCCUUCUGACGACGAGAACAACUCUUUGGGUAUUAAAGAUACGAUCAUCGUCGGUGGUGGUGUCUCUGGGUUGUCCACGGCGUUUACGAUGAAAUCGAAGAACGCAUCGUGCGAUAUCAUGGUCACGGAAAUCCGAGACCGCGUCGGAGGGAACGUGACCUCGAAGAAUGACGGUCAAUACAUAUGGGAGGAAGGACCGAACUCGUACCAACCGGGAGACGCGGUGUUGAAGUUAGCGUGCGACGCCGGGAUGAAGGAGGAUAUCGUUCUCGCGAACCCGGAUUCGGAUAGGUACGUGUUGUGGGAUGGGGAGUUGAGAGCGUUGCCAAAGGAUAUACCGACCGCAGUGCUCGGGGAUUUUUUGACCUGGCCCGGGAAGAUUCGAGCUGGUUUAGGGGCGGUGGGUAUUCGCAUGCCGAAAGAGGAAGGUAAGGAGGAAACGGUGAAGGAGUUUGUAUCUAGAAAUUUAGGCGAAGAGGCGUUUCAGAGAUUAAUUGAACCGUUUUGCUCGGGCGUGUACGCCGGUGAUCCGGCGAUGUUGAGCGCGGAAGCCGCGACGGGUAGAGUUUCGGUAUUAGAGAAUAAAGGUCCGUGGCCGGGUUUGUUUCCGGGCGCGUUGAAAGCGCAAUACGAAGGCGCGAAGAAGAAGAAGGAAAAUCCGAGAGAUCCGAGAUUGCCGGUGAUUGAGGGUCAAACGGUUGGGAGUUUUAAAGGCGGUUUGCAAACGUUACCGGAAGGAUUGGCGAAGCAGUUAGGAGAGGGCAUCGUGAAGUUGCAGUGGAAGCUGAUCAAAACGGAAAAAACCGAGGACGGUCUGUUCUCUUUGACGUACGAAACUCCAGAAGGGGAGAAGAAAGUGAAGGCGAAAUCCGUCGUGUUUACGCAACCGGCGUACGUGGUCGCGGAUACGGUGCGAAGUAUCGCGCCAGAAGCUGCGAAAUCGUUCGAGAAGUUCUACUAUCCACCUGUUGCGUCUGUCACCGUCGCAUACAAACGCGACGCGUUUAAAUUAGACGGCCGUUCAGCCUUGCCUGAAGGCGGCUUGACCGGUUUCGGUCAACUCCAUCCGCGAACGCAAAAAGUGCGCACGCUAGGCACCAUCUACUCCUCCUACUUAUGGGCCGACGACGGACGAUGCCCUAAAGACGAAUUCAUGAUCCUCAACUACAUCGGCGGCGCCCGAGACGUCGAAAUUCAAAAACUCAAUGAAGACGAACUCGUCCAAGCCGUCCACGCCGACGCUUUAAAAACCAUCUUAAAACCAGACACGCCGUUGCCGAAAAAAGUUGGCGUUCGCAUGUGGUCCAAAGCUAUCCCGCAGUUUAACCUCGGUCACUGGAAACUCUUAGACGAAGCUAAAGAACUUUUGAAAAAAGAAAAGUGCAGCGAAGAGGACGGUUUAUUUUUAGGCGGAAACUACGUCGCCGGCGUCGCGUUUGGCCGGUGCGUCGAAUACGGCGUCGAUCAAGCCUCGGACGUGUUGAACUUUUUAGAUAAGCAGAGACGAACCGUAUAA